AUGAAUGACGCUGCUGAGUCAGACGGUGUUGAGGAGUGGAUCGCCUCGCCGCAAAACGAGGUUGCUGCAGAUCCGACUGCAACGGUUGCACUGGAGGUUGUCGAUGCGGCCACUACUGAGUCGACUGGUUCAGUCGCUGUGAAGAAGCGACGAUUAACACAGCAGGUUUUGCAAUGGGGAACACCGCCGCCGAAGCCUGUCGCUCCACCUCCCCGUCCUGCCCCACCCCCCAUUCGUCCCCUUUCAGACGAGGAGAAGAAGGAGAAGGCCUACCUGAAGGCGCAGAAGAGCUACACGUCUGAUUGGCUACCGAAGUUUGACUGGCUGAUUCUGGACAGGACCCCUAAGGGUGACCCGUGUCUGCGCUGCAGUGUCUGCACGGAGCACGGGAAGGACAACGCGCGUUACGAUCGCAAUGGCGCUGGCGGUCGUGAUCUGCAGAUCGGGUCGAUGCGGUGGCACGAGAACAGCGCGAAGCACGAGGACGCGAUGAACAAGCAGGCGAACCUUCUGCACAAGAUCGCCGACCAGAAGAAGAUUGAAGACUUCGCGAAGGGAGAUCCAGACGGCUGUCGUGUCGCGAAACUCAUGCGAGCCAUGCGAUUUGUGUGCCGUACCGAUACACCCAUCCACAUGUACCCACAGAUCGUGCAGCUUCUCGCAGAGGAGGGGGUCGCCAACAUACCGCGACAGAGCUAUGGAGUGUACAUCACACACGAAGCACUUGCUGUGAAGGAGACUGCCGGUGACGAGCAGUUCAAAGAUUUUGGGAUGGUAGACAAGGCCAUCCGUGCAGUUGGCGAGAUCGUGGGGAGAUCCACGCCGUGGUACGAGAGGUUCAAAGAGCUCCAACUCGUGAUCCACAGCACCAACCUCGAGCACCAGGGACUGUUCGACGUGCGCUGGCUCUCCCGUGCCGAUGCUGUCAACCGUCUUGUCAAGAUUUUGGGGUUGGCAAUCGUGCUGUUCCUGGAGUACAAUCACAAGAUCGCCGCGGUUCCCCUGUCGGUCCGGCAGGUGGAGGUGACGCAAGUCACAGAGGAGGUCGACCGUGUGGUCUCCCUCAUCGAGCACCACUACAUCGACUACGAGGGUGGUUUCGGGGCGGGUCUGAGCACCCACUUGUCUCCAUUCAUGGCACGUGUCAAGAAAGGGGACAAGAAGGUGAAGGUGGACGGUGUGGACGCUAGCGGCAGACCCGUCAGGCACACCUUCGAGCUCAGCGAGUUGCCGGACAAAAAGCACAAGUUCGGCGGGUCCCUGGCAGAUUGCGUGAAGAUGGGCAAGGCGUUCGCCCAUGAGGUCGUGUACAACCUGAAGCACCGCAUGCGAGAUCUUCGUCGAAUGGGCGGCAUGAAGCUGUUCAGGGUGGACAAGUGGCCAUCGAAUCCGGACACGCGUGCGAGACGAUGUGCCACAUGGCUCCAUGUUGUGGACGUCUGGCGCAAGCACAAGAAGAGGCAGCCGACAAAAUCCCCUGCACCCUUCCAACCAGCGGCUGACAAGAACAAGCCUGAGGCCAGUGCGGACGACGAGGAGGAGGCUGACGUGGCAGAGGAUGAGUGA